CGUACAAAAACAAUUUGCUUAGAUUUUUUGAAGGUUUCCCAAAACGCAUAAAUAUUCCUGAUAUUUUUUUGAUAGUUAUUAGAUUACCGAUUAAACUACCGUCUUUCAGUGUUAUAAUGUCUGAUUCCAUUGUUACUGAGAUCGACCAGCAAUCGCUAUCUGCCCCCAAUGACAAAUGCGACUUGAACGGAAAUAUUCUCCCAGAGACUGACAACUCAAAUAACGACGACAAUCAUUUGGAGAACUUAAAGAAUAAAUUUUUUCAAAGCGAACAACUGCAUUGCGGUGGAGAUGUGAAAAGCGUGAAAACUACCCAAGAAGCUGUGAAAAGUCACGUGACCGAUAAUGGAAAUGUUGAAAACAAAGCGCCGAAUGGAGAACAUGUGAGCAAGAGUAAAAACGAAGAUGAAUUGGUCGAAGAAAAAUUGGACGCUUCUGAAACCGAAGUUGAAGAUAAAGAUCAACAAGCUGGCGCUUCGGGAGGAGGCGGUUCAAGUGGAAUCGAAGGAACGUCGGAUAUCUCGGACACCCCGCUGACCGACACGACUACAAACAAAGACGACAACGAGGUUGCGACGAAAGAGACAUCGGCGGCGAAGAAAAAGAAGAUCCGAGUUAAAGUUACAGGUCGACCUCACUCGGCGAACAGUUCGCACAGGUACCGAAACGACAGAAACGGAUAUGGUAGUGAUCGACGAGAUAACGGGCACCAAUACAACAAUUGGCACCAUGGAUCCAAUGUUCCAGGCGCGCUUGGAGGUUUUAUAAGGUCUUUCCAAAGACAAAACGGUAAUUACAAUGGAUACUCGAACCAAAUGAGCUUCAACAACCGAGUGCCUAGAAAUAAUUUCAACGGGGGAUAUCCUAAUCAUGGACCACGAUACGAUCAUGGACCGCAGCGUAUUAACUCACACGGUUAUUACAAUAACAACCGAUUUGAAAAUGACAAGCGUUUUGAUAAUAACCGAUAUGAUAACGGCAGUAUGAAUAGAAGUUUCCAGAACUCGGGUUACCAGGGACCGAAGCCGUACGUCUCAAAUCCGCCAUUUCCAGUGCUUAGACCUAUCGGGUUUAACAAUAACAACAACCGAGGCGCGAAUGGUGAACGUGAUUCGGAUCGUUGCGAGGAGCUAGUCAAGACAAUUGACUAUAACGACAACGGAAAUGUGAUUAACAUUAAGGCUUCUUUGGCGCCGUCGGCUCUGACUAAAUUGAAAGAGCAGAGCUCGUUUCAACUGAAGGUGCGUCUGCCUGCUACAACUCCCUUGUCAGUCGUAAAGCGAGUGUUGUGUGCAAAGUUCUACUUGACCAAGAUGAUGUAUGCGGCCAAAAACUCGACUGACCGGAACGCGAUGUUCUUCCAGGACAGUGGCUCCAUCUUCAUGGAGAGCAGAGGGAGGAAAGUGGACCUGUUGUCCACGUUGAGUGUGGAGGAGUUCCAGUUGAGGUGUCAGAACCAACCUGCUCUGUUCCUCUCGGAGUCGGAAACACUUCACACCAUGUUGUACAGAUAUCCCUACCUGCAAAGAGGAACUCCAAAUGGGGGAGAAGUGAGUUUUGUGUUGCGAUGAAGAGCAGCGUGAAAAUUUGAUGAUUGCCGAUGAGUGGACGAAGAAUCAGAUAUUUUGAACUUCAAAGAUGUAAUGAACUUUUUGGUUGUUUUUCGGCGCUAUUGUUUGUUUUUUUGAAUACUUAGGUACUUACAAAUACCUACCCGUGAAUUAGAAAUUGAUGUGCAAUGAUGCAAAUAAAAUUGAAAUAGAAAUACAGUCAUAGUGCUCUAGAAUUAGAAAAAAAAAUACUUUGGUUUAUUAAUACAGUUGAAUGAAAUACUGAGUUCGAGGAUUUCAUGUAUACGCUACUUGGAAGUCGUUAAAUUGUCACGAGAUAUUGAUUGCUAUGCGACAGUUUUGUUGUAGGCUGUAACAUUGAAUUAUAGUUUUUAGGGUUUUAAUCAGUUUUUUUUUGCAGCAGCGAAGUUUAAAACUGUACUUGAAAUAAUUGACUGCUUGAUUAAUUGAAAUUAAAUUGAAUUGUUAUUGAACCUUGUAACUGGAUUUAAUGUGCUAAAUUUGACUCGAUGUUUUGGAAUUUAGUCGAAGACACAUUCCAAUUUAUCGAAGUGUUACCUUAGUGUGUUUUUUAUAUCAGUUGCCUAUUAAUGUUUAGUUAUGAUACAGUCAUACUUGAGAAUUGUGCAAUAAGUUAAUGCGAAUUAUAGUGCUAAAGCAAAACUUUGACGAAUACCAAAUAAAUUUGAAGCAGUAACUUGUGUUAAUACCAAGAUUUGAAUUUUAUAGCAUUCUGAGUAACAAAGAUGAAAAGAUGUUAACUUUUUAUUGGUUUUCAAAUAUGAGCUUGAAA